AUGGAUUACGCCGAUGCUUUAUCGAGCGUAAAAAUAGCUUCAGGUUUAGGAUUGGAGGCUAUAAAAGACAAGCCAUGGCAUAUUAGUUCAUCAAACGCAUUAACCGGGCGAAGGUCUCCAAAUGGAGUUGAAUGGUUAACUCAACAAAUUAGUUCCGUGCACGAAUUGGCGCCGCUGAACACGCGUGCACGAGGCGACGGUUCGCAUGGGGUGACGAUCGUCCUUAGUCCCGUGCGAGGCGGUUCCGUCGGCGAAGUUCAAGAUCUGCCCGGCGGCGAUCCCGACCGAGCGGCAUGGAGUGGAAAAUUGCAAUUUUUUCUAUCCAUUAUCGGUUACUCGGUCGGCUUGGGCAACAUUUGGAGAUUUCCCUAUUUGUGUCAACAAAACGGAGGUGGUGCGUUUCUCAUACCCUUUAUGAUAAUGUUAAUAUUAGAGGGCAUUCCUCUAUUUUUAAUAGAACUGGGCAUAGGCCAGAAAAUGAGGCUGGGGUCUCUCGGAGUCUGGAAUACAAUACACCCCUGGUUGGGUGGAAUCGGCAUUGCCAGCUGUAUUGUUACAUUGUUCGUUGCAUUGUACUACAACGUUAUCAUAACAUGGUGCUUUUACUAUUUGUUUAAUAGUUUUCAGUCUCCAUUGCCGUGGUCGUCGUGUCCGCAAAUAAACGGCACGGACGUCGCGGAGUGCGCGCGAUCUUCGGAAACUGCGUACUUCUGGUACCGGACGACGCUGGACGCCGCGCCCUCCAUGGACGACAGCGGCGGCAUCAAGUGGUGGAUCGUUCUAUGCUUGCUGCUUUCAUGGACGGUGGUCUUCUUCAUCGUCAUGAAGGGUAUACAGAGCUCUGGAAAGGUGGUGUAUUUUACUUCAUUGUUUCCAUAUGUAGUGUUAACAAUUUUCUUCAUACGCGCAGUUACUCUAAAAGGAGCUAGUGCUGGUCUUAUACACAUGUAUACACCUAAGGUGGAAAAGUUGUUGGAUCCCACCGUGUGGCUGGAUGCUGCCACGCAAGUGUUCUAUUCGUUCGGCCUUGCUUUCGGUUCGCUGAUCGCCUUCGGCAGCUACAACACGCCGAAGAACAAUUGCGUGCGGGACGUCAUAUUGGUUUCCGUCUGCAACGCUCUGACGGCGAUCUACGCCAGCCUCGUCAUUUUCGCCAUCCUCGGUUUCAAAGCGAUGACGAAUGUCGACAGGUGUAUCGAUGUAAAUAAGGGCAUUCUUUUUGCCCAUGAUAUCCUCCCGUCUCGAAAUGUCAGUCAGGCCGAAUAUGAGGCGGGAAUGGCAAACGCACUGGCGCGAGGCAAUGAAACGAAGGCUUGGGACUUGGAAGAAUGCAGUCUCGCCACUCAGCUGGACAAUGCUGCAGAAGGCACGGGCCUGGCGUUCAUAGUUUUCACUCAAGCAAUUGUCGAAUUACCCGGAGCGCCAUUCUGGGCUGUGAUUUUUUUCAUGAUGUUGUUAUCUUUGGGAUUGGGUUCACAAAUUGGUAUUUUAGAAGGAAUGCUUUGUACAAUUUUCGAUAUCGAAAUUUUCAAGAGGAUACGAAAACCUUAUGUAACAGGUGUGGUUUGCGUUUUCUGCUUUCUGGUCGGUUUAAUAUUUACGACCGGCGCAGGUGAAUAUUGGCUGAAAAUGUUCGAUUCUUUUGCGGGAACUAUAGGACUUGUCGUGGUGGCUUUGUUGGAAAUGAUUUCUGUCAUAUAUGUAUACGGCCAUGAGAAGUUCACAAAUGAUAUAUAUGAAAUGACAGGGUAUCGGCCUGGAAUGUAUUGGCAAAUCACUUGGCGAUAUAUUGGUCCGGUUAUAAUGACGGUCAUCUUGGUAUCGAGUAUAGUCUUUAUGAUUAUCGAAAAUCCAAAGUAUCAAGCAUGGAGCGCGGAACUGGGUGCGGUGGUUCCGACUUCGUAUCCUGGCUGGGUGAUGUCGAUAGCUGUCUGCAUGAUAUGCGCUGGUGUCCUGCCGAUGCCGGUCGUCUUCUUCAUGCGACGUUGUCAAUGUCUCAAACUGGAUGUCGACAUCCAUCAAGGAUCGAUCAGGAGGAUCGAGACAACAGCCUCCACGAAGGAGAUGAUCGACGAAGAUGAUGUUAUAAGCCCAGAUUUAACACCUCAGGAUAUGAACAUUACACGGUUCACUAUAGGCGAUUUUGAUGCCCAAGGAGUUACUUCGUCGGGGAGGAGAAAUCACUAAUACUAACAUCAUAUCAACGGAAGAGGACGAUGAC